ACACAGGUCCGAAAAGGUACAAUGCUCAUUAUGUAGCAGUAAUGCAUAGCCAUGAACACCAAGUCUGGUUCACACAGUAAGCAUAGGCUAGGUCAGAAAGUUAUGUUAAGUCAGACUUUCUGAGGACGUAGCUGACGACAAGCUACAACAUCAAGUUAAUGAUACACGUUUAAUAUAAGUGCUGGAUGGAGAUACGAGUGUAACAUGAAAGUACAAGAGGAACAAGAUAGAAGGAUACAAGUGAUGUCAGCAAUCCUGGAUUGGGUGUUCCCUGCAGAGUAGUGAUAGUUAGUCCAGGUACAAGGACAAAGACAAAUGUGGUCUUCCUGACAUUCUGUUGGGAGGAAGUGUGAUAUUCAGAAAGGAAGAGACAUACACACAGCGCAGUUUUACCUCGUGUUUCUGAAGGUCCGCUCACUCCUCUCAAGAUGCUUUUGGGAUUUGUCUUCUUUUUCUUCUCCCUGGGAUACGUGACCUGCGCUGUGCCCAAUGUGAGCUGUACAAUCAUGAACUUGGAAUAUAUAGACUGCAGCUGGAGUGAAAAUGGGAUCCCAGAGUUCAACUAUACUUUCCAGAGCAGUUUGAAGAACAAAGACAGCUUCAGAGAGUGUCCCACCUACCUACAGGAGGGGGCACACACUGUGGGCUGCAGGCUACCUUAUGGAAAAAACAAUCAGUUUGAACGAUUCUUCAGCAACCUGUCUUUGGACAACAGCUUCUCGUGGAAUGAGCAGGAAAUUGACCUUAAAAAUAGGGUGAAACUGAUGCCCCCCCACAAUCUGUCAGUAGAGAGGCAAAGUGGCUCUGAGCUGUGGCUGUACUGGAAUAUUAGUGCACCAAGCACCUGUGUGGAGAGUGAGGUGUCCUAUAGGAAGAACACUGACCAGGUGGAGAAAACAACCGGUGGAUUACCUGGCAAGUCUUUCAGCCUGCCCUUCCCAUCAGAGAACUACCGCUAUACUUUCCGAGUGAGAACCCGUGUGACGGACUCUUGUGUCCGGUCCAACUGGAGUGCCUGGAGCACACCUGUGUACUGGGGUGAAAUAAAAGGGAAUAGUACAAGCACAGAACCAAAUGAUGGACACUCCAUGAACUGGCUGACAUUUGUGAUAGCAGUCGUGGGCUGUGUGCUGUUUGUCGCAGUUUUUGUUGGUUUCCUGUUUCAAAAUGAGAGGCUGAGGGUCAUCCUUAUUCCAAUUGUGCCAAAUCCUAGCAAGACCCUGGAUGAGCUUCUUUAUACCUACAACGGAAAUGUGGAGGACUGGCUCCAUAUCUCCCACGACUUUGUGGCAGGAUUCAAGCCCAACUUCUCUGAGCCUGCCUGUCCCGUGCAAGAGUACAGCCUCGUUCCUCAGACGAGCCUCAGUGGUUCAGAGGGUUCUCUUCCAGUUCUCUUUGAUGAAUCAGAUUGCCUGUACACAUCGUGCUCCACCUCUAAUUCCAGCAUACCUUCCUCACCCGCAAAUACACCUCCUGGCUUGGUUUAAAAAAACCAAAAGCAAACCUAUUCCUCAUGGUGGACGAAGUACACAAAUCCUGUACGGAUACCCUUGCUAAAUAUUACUCCACUAGAAGUAUCUGUUUUUAAAAAUACUUAAGUAUCAAAAUACAGUAGGCGAACUAAAUUGUUCACCUCCUAACAUACUGUAUGUAAGAGUGAAAACUGGUAUAAAUACAAAUUCACAGUUUAAUUAAAAAAAAUGGAACAAAGGCACCAUCAAUUCCAAUAUUUCACUAUCAAAUCAAGACAUAUUGAGGUUUCCUGGCGACUUAAGGUCUUUCCACACCAAGGACGUGACGAAUAAACGACACAAAAAUGCGAAUAAUUCAAAUUUUGACGCGCCUGACUAUUCACAUCAAGCGCGACGUGAUACAUUAUUAAAGGUUCUAAAAAAAUCGUCUUAUCCUAUAAUUUGUGAAAAGGUUAGAGAACAUAUGUGGAGGAAUUUUUGACCAUUGCUCCAUGUAGAACUUUUCAGAAUCAUUGAUAUCUUUGGGUUUGCGCUUAUGGACCCCCCCCCCCCCCCCUUUUCAGUUCAGAACACAGGUUUUUGAUGGAAUUUAAGUUUGGAGACUGAGAUGUCCAUUGGAAAUCAUGGAUGUUGAUUUCACUUAAGCAUUUCUGUUUAGAUUUUGAUGUAUGCUUGAAGUCAUUGUCCUGCUGGACAAUCUACCUAAGUCCUGGCUUCUUAGCAGAGACAACCAAAUUUUCUGCCAGAAUUUCCUGGUACUUUGUUGAAUUCAUUGUGCCAUUGAUCUAAAAUAGUGCCCCAGGACCAUUUCCAGCAAAACAUCUCCAAAAUAUCAAUGACCCACCUCCAUAUUUGACCGUAGGUAUGAGGUGCUUCUCCUGUAUGCAUUCCUCUUUUGCCGCCAAACAUGUCAAUGGUGUGUAUGGCCAAAACGUUCAAUUUUGGUCUCAUCUGACAAUAGCACUGUCUUCCAGUCAUAAUUCCAAUGAGGUUUGGCAAGCUCCAGAUUCUUGGUUUUGUUUAUUGUGCUCAGUAAGGGCUGUCUUUGUGCCACCCUUCCAAAGAGUUAGUUGGUAUGGAGGUGCCAUUUUAUGUUUUUUUUAGACUUGUUGACCGCAAGAAACAAACCAAUCUCUGCAAUUCUUAAACACUGAUCCUUGGGUUAUUAAUGGCCUCCCUCACCAUCUUCCUCACCGUCCGUGGGGACACCAUGCACUUGCUUCCUCUUCCUGGCAAAUUUGCAACCAUUCCAUAUGUUUUACACCUUUUUAUUAUUGCCCUUACAGUGGUAUGUUUAACCGUUUAUGUCUUUUUUGUGCCCAUUACCAGACUUGUGACGGUGAAUUACCAUCGGUCUCUUCUGAAUGGACAGUUAUUUGGCUUUUCCCAUGUUGAUGGAUGACAAAGGGAUUUUGUGUGCUUGUUACCUCAUUACCUUAUUCUCUAGUGCAACUGGAAGUGAUGGAAUGACACAAUAUAGUUCCUUUAGACUGCGAUGAACUAAAUUAAGUGAAAUUGUAUUGCCAAUUUCAUUUUGUUUAAUUUUACUUACAAUAAUUGUUAGGGGUGCCAAUAAUUAUAGCACCUAUGGUUUUCAGAAAAAAUUAGAUUACUUAAUUUAAAACAAAUGAAGUGUGAGAGUAAAUUAUUGAAAUAAAAGUAUAUAGUUUUCCCAUAUGUUUGAACAUAACAUCUGUGUCAUUUAUUAUAUACAGCCUUUUUUCUUCAUUUUUAUUAAGGGUGCCAAUAAUUCUGGAGUCCACUGUAUGCCUUAGGCAUACCCAGAAGUCCUCAAUAAUAAUAGUAUUUCCCAAGAAAUUACGAAAAAUUGUUGACAACGUUUCGUCAGGUGCAGCGUCUUUGACUGCUAACACAGAGUGAAUGCGAUGAUGAGAAAACCUUCGAUUGACCUAUAAAACUAUAUUCCAAAACCAAAAUUAGACAUGUUAUACAUGGUUAGAAAGCUUAUACUCUCAUCUACUGAAUAAAUGAAUUCUCAAUCAAGCCAGACUGAAAACAACACGUGCGCAGCAGCUUCUGGUCAGGUCUUACUGCAGAAAACAACGCCAGCUAGUAAUGCUGGCCCCACUUUUUGGUCCAGCACUCUGAAAGUUUCAAACAUAUUUUGGGAGUGAAGCCCGUUUUCUAUUCUUGCACAAUUAAUUUUCUCCACAUGAAAGUAACGAGUAACAGACGGAUAUCGCACAAAAGUAGUGGAGUAAAAAGUACGAUAUUUCGUUUGAAAUGUAGUGAAGUGAAAGUAAGAAGUCUCCCAAAUGGAAACACUUGAGUAAAGUAGAGAUACUUGAAAAAGGUACUUAAGUACAGUAAUGAAGUACAUGUACUUUGUUACUGUCCACCACUGCCCACUCCUCUCUAUUAUCCUUAUCCAAAGGGGGUCUUUUUACACAUAGAUGCCAUAUGCUGUACGUCAGCAACAUGCCGUUGGUUUCAUUUGACAAAACUUAUUCUUGUUAUGUUUGAUUUGAAAUAUGAUCUGUUCUGAAUUUUUUUUUUUUGAGUUGAUAUUCUCUUAUGAUCUACUGAUGUACACAUCACUUUUCUUGAUUAGGUUUCUCUAUGGUAUAUAAAUGUUUGAGGCUGUAAUGUAGGGACAAAUUGCAUGUCUACAGGUGUAUAUUCCAAAAAACUCUGCCAUUUCAUUGUUUGUUAGUUGUUUCAUUGUUAGGUUUUGAAACCCUGUUCUGUUUUAUAUUCUAAUUUAACUGGUACUCUUGAUUUUUUAAAUUAGGUUUACCUUUUUCUUUCAGUAUUAUAUCUUCCACUUUAGAAAUGUAUUAGAUGUUCUUAAUGUUAUUUGAUAUUAACCCAAUUACUCUGGAAAAAAGAAUUGGUUGCAUAUUGAGUUUUGUUUCUUAUGGUAAGACCAUACAUAUUAUGGCUUAUGAUGUAUUCAAGGCUUUUACCAUUUUAACAUGCAAGAAUUAAUGUGCAGUUACUGUUCAAUGGUGUAUACAAACAAAAAAAGUGUUAUUAACAAGUUAACCUAAUAAAGCUAUUUCAAAUACUC